UGUUUAUAUGCAGUGCUCACCACAAUACAAGCAUUGACGACAAAAGACCUCUGUUUGACUUUUGAUCGCUGUCUCCCAGUUUGUUUGUUUGUUUGUUUAUCUGUAUCCAUUCAUCAAUCCCCAUAUAUCCACAUACAUCUUUUUACCACUGUAUCACUCCAUCUUUUCAUCAAAUUCUGGUUUAUCUGUGUGCGUGUGUGUGUGUGUGCUGGUCAUGGAACUUUAAAUGUGUUGGCCACUUUUAAUCACUACACUGUUAAUCACAAUCGACACUCGACUUGAACGUGAAUCUCGGUGAAUCUUGGUGCAUGUUUCCAGAAGAAUUUUUGUGAAACUAAAUUCCAUUGGUGGGUGUGUCUGUGCGAGUGUGUGUGUGUGUAAGUGUGUUGGACACUUUGAGACGCGAUGGCCACGAGCAACAACAACGGCGGUGAGGCUGACGAACAACAAUCGUUGCGUGAAUGCGAAGCCUACGUGCAGCGACACAACAUCCAGCAAAUACUCAAGGAUUGCAUCGUCCAGCUUUGCGUUAGUCGGCCCGAGAAUCCGAUCACAUUCUUGAAGGAGUAUUUUGCCUCCCUCGAACGAGAAAAUCAAAUCAACUUGCAACAUCAAAGAGCGCCAAUGUCGCCCGACACUGAACGAGAUGAGGAUCUAUCUCCGUUGCCAACGAUAACUACGCGAACUCGUCGUGGCGGCGUUUCCGCCGAAACCUACAGCGAAGAGGAUGCGACCAAUUAUGUGAAAAAGGUCGUGCCAAAAGACGAUAAAACAAUGGCUUCCUUGUCAAAGACGGUGGAAAAAAACGUGCUCUUCCAGCACUUGGACGGCAACCAGCGAACCGAUGUGUUCAAUGCAAUGUUCCCGGUGCAUCAUAAAGCGGGCGAAUACAUCAUGCGACAAGGUGAUGAAGGCGACAACUUUUACAUCAUUGACGAAGGCACCGUCGAGGUGUACGUCAACGAUCAGUUGGUGACCACCGUAUCGGAAGGCGGCAGUUUUGGCGAACUAGCCCUUAUCUAUGGAACACCCCGUGCUGCCACAAUCCAGGCCAAAACCGACGUGAAACUGUGGGCCAUUGAUCGCGACACGUACAGACGCAUUCUGAUGGGUCAAUUUAUCAAAAAACGCAAAAUGUAUGAAGAAUUCCUUUCCAAGGUCAAAAUUCUGGAGAGCCUCGACUACUACGAAAGGUUGACCGUGGCCGACGCUUUGACACCGGUGGAAUUUGCCGACGGCGACAUUAUCACCAAACAAGGCGAAACCGGUGAUGAAUUCUACAUCAUUGAAGAGGGAACGGCCGUCGUGUUGCAACGGCGAUCGCCUGACGCUCCAGAGGAGGAAGUGGGAAGACUGGGCCGAUCAGAUUACUUUGGCGAAAUUGCUCUCAUCUUUAACCGACCUCGUGCGGCAACGGUCAAAGCACAGGGCCCGUUGAAAUGUUUGAAACUGGACCGCGAUUGCUUCGAGCGACUACUUGGCCCAUGUGUCGACAUCCUGAAACGCAACCUGGAAAACUACAAUUCGCUCAUCUCGUUGUCUGUAUAACGUACAUUGGCAAUUCUUGUAUCAUAUUUCAACACACGGAAUAUUCUUAUACCAAUGUCACACACUAUCUGUAGUCCCAACAACACUGCUAUUUCGCACACAGACACACAUACACACACACACAACCAACACUCACAUACAACUCGGUGACAUUGGAGUGUAAACUAACCAAUGACUAAUUGAAUAAUUGAAUAAUUGAAUUAAAUCGAAUUAAAUUAAAUUAAAUGAUUAAAUGAU